GCAUGCAUUGCGCAUGUCCAUCUGUUAACAGACAAAUUUUCGACUGAUUGCAGCUAUAGUAGCUUUGAUAGUAAUCUUUUUAAUAAAAAGAAUAAUUAAAUUCGUUUUUUUUGAUUACGUAUAUAAUAUUUUUGAAAAAUGAAUAAAAUUUGUUCUAUUUGUGAAAAGGAUUUGGCGAAGUACAAGUGUCCUACAUGCAGAACACUCUUCUGUUCUGUUACUUGCGGUAAAGAACAUAAAAAAGCUGAUUGCAAAACACCAUCGCCUACACCACCACCCCCAUCAUCAUUGCUAUCACCACCAUCACUGGAAAACAAAAGUAAAGAAGAUGCCGAAAAUGAAACCAUACCUUCGGAAAUAUUAGAAAAAUUGUCUCAGGAUCAAACAAUUAAAAACUGUUUAGAAAAUCCGCAGGUUCGUGAUAUCUUACAUUUUGUAGUGAACAACGAGGAUCCAAUGGAAGCUUUAGAUUUAGCUUUGACCGAAUCAAUUUUCGUAGAGCUUGCGGAUGCUUGUUUAAAAGUAGUAGAAAAGAAAGAAUGAGAAAAUAGUUGGACAUAUGUUACAGUUGUUAAAAAAUUUUGAUACUUUUCAU